ACCCCAACUUUGAGUGAGAGAGAGAGAGAGAGAGCGCGAGACCAAAGCAGAAAAUGUUCCCGAGACUCGGAGAGAAACAGUGAGAGGGAGUGCACACGGUCGGAGACCGCCUCUGUUCAAAAGGCUUCAAUUUCACCAAUAAAAAUUAUCCCAAUAUCUCUUUAUUUUGUUGUCCAAUCUGUGCAAAUUUUCUUUGGAGGGGGAGGAAAGGUGCUUACUGUUGGAGCAUUUGCUUCGACUUAAGUUGAUUAUGGUUGAGGAGAAUAUGGUGACUGAGAAAGUAGUAAAUGGGACUAGCCUGCUAGAGAAAACAGUUAAAGCUGCAACUGAGAAGAAAGAGGAGCAAAAUGGAAUAAAAGAAAUGGAAGAAGAUAAGAAAAUUGAUAAGUCAGAGACUGCGAAAAUGGAUGAAGACACAGAACCAAAUGAAGACAAGGAAAGCAAAGAAGAAACAGAAAAGGAAGAAUCAGAGGAACAGAAAACAGAGGCAAUGGAAGAAGAUGCUAGUCCGAGUGAAAAAGAGGCAACUGAAUUAAAGGAUGGAGCCAAAGACGAGGUGGAGGGAGAGGCUGAUGUGGACAAGAAGAAAGAAGACAAGGAUGAAGAGAAGGCAGAGAGUAAGGCAGCAAAAGGGUCAAAGAAGCGUGGGAAAGGGAAGAGUGAAGAGAAAGUAAAAGAGAAGACAAAGAAAGUUGAAGAAAAGAAGGAUCCAGAGCCAAGGACUCCUGCUACUGACCGCCCUGUACGUGAGAGGAAAUCAGUUGAAAGGCUGGUGGCAUCGAUUGAAAAAGAAGCAGUCAAGGAAUUCCAAAUUGAGAAGGGCCGUGGUACCCCUCUGAAAGAUAUACCUAAUGUGGCAUUCAAGCUAUCAAGAAGAAAGACUGAUGAUAGUUUCAAACUGCUUCAUACAAUUCUAUUUGGCAGGAGAGGGAAGGCAGUGCAGGUUAAGAAUAAUAUAUCUCGGUUUUCUGGUUUUGUGUGGCAUGAAAAUGAGGAAAAGCAGAUGAUCAAAGUUAAAGAGAAAUUUGACAAGUGCAACAAAGAGAAGUUGUUGGAAUUCUGUGAUGUGCUUGACAUACCAAUUGCCAAGGCUACUACAAGAAAGGAAGACAUUGUUGCAAAGCUGAUAGAAUUUUUGGUGGCCCCUUAUGCUACAACCACGGUGCUUCUUGCAGAAAAAGAGAAGUCAAGUAAGGCCAGCAAAAAGCGGAAGAGAGUGGUUAGAGAAAGUUCAUUGUCUGGAAAUGCAGCUUCAAAGCGAUCAGCCAAGAACCGGAUAAAGGCUGAGGAGACAUCAAAAAUGGAGGAGAAAAAGAGUUCAAUUGAAGCAAAAGAUGAGUCUGAAGAGGAAAAAGAAGAGGAUGAAGAAAAUGAAGAGGAAGAAAAUGAAAAUGGUGAUCAGGAAAAAUCCAAGGAUGAGGUUUCUGAGCAUUCUGAAAAUGAGGAGAAAACUGAUUCUGAAGAUGAUGUGAGGAAACACAAACGAAGUUCUAAAACAUCAUCAAGAAAGGAGUCUGCUGGGAAAGCUAAAUCUAAGAAAAUCACGGUUCCUAAUAAAUCCAAUACAGCUCCCAAAAAAAAACCCAAUAAAUCGUCUUCCAAACGCUCCAAGGUUGAUGAUGACAAUGGUUCAAAUCCAAAGGUGUUCUCAAGGAAGAUAAAAAAUGAUAAAGUAGCAAAAGAAAAGGCUUCAACUCCAGCAAGAUCGGCUUCCAGGGAAAAAUCUGGCAAAAGGGUUGCUAAACGGAAGGACAAGGUCAAAGAGGAGAAACUCAAGCCAAAUGAUGAUGAGUUGAGAGAUGCAACUUGCGAAAUUCUUAAAGAAGUCGACUUUAAUACGGCCACUUUCACUGAUAUCCUGAAGCAACUUGCUCAAAGGUUUGAUACGGAUCUCACCCCAAGAAAGUCAUCUAUAAAGCUCAUGAUCCAGGAAGAGCUUACUAAGCUAGCCGACGAGGCAGAUGAUGACGAAGAUGGAGAAGGCGAUGCCGAGAAAGAUGAAAACCAGUCUGCUAGCCAAGAGGUGGAAACCUGAACAAUAGGAUUGAACAUGACUGCGUGGAAAUAGUGUAGCUAUUUAUGUAUUCCUUCAUAAUUUGUGUUGUGCGCAGAUGUAGUACUAACUAACUCUAUCGCUGCAUAAAGCUGGCUGUUAUUUACUGUUUGAAUACCAUUUGCCAGAAAACAAAGUAGUAAUUACUAGAAAUUAGCAGACGACUCGAGCUGUUCUGUAGGAUUGCGGCUUGAAUGUAUACAUCAACAUGAUUUGUAGGAGAUUUCAUGAUUUCAAUAUAACUGACCGGCCUUUAAGUCUCA